AUGAGAAGAGAGUCCUGAGCGGCCAUGGAGGGGUUACCGCUGCGGAAGGCUCCCAGCAGCCGGAGCUUCCUCAAACUCACUGCUAUGGAGGUGAAGUGGAUCCAUGUCUUGGUUGUCUUCCUCUUCCUGCUGUCUGUGGCAAUGACAGGCUGCUUCCUGUGGCAGUACAGCCUCCCCAAGGUGGAGCCCAGCCCUUCUGUGAUGGAAGUGAGAUCAGAGUCUGUGCAGAUGUGUCCCCGCUACCCUGAGCCGGUACCCCUGGACCACCCCAUCCCCAUCCUGAAGGAUGCCCUGGAGAAGGUGGAUUUGAUGCUGAGGCAGAAGAUGCACAGCUCAGGGCUCCCAGCCAUGUCUGCCAUCGUCAUCUACAAUGACACAGUGCUCUGGACAGGAAACUUUGGGAAGAAGAACAUCUCUGACCCCUCCUCGGCCGUGCCCAACGAAUACACCAUUUACAGAAUCGCCAGCGUCUCCAAGAUCUUCCCCACCAUCAUGCUGUACAAGAUGUGGGAGGAAGGCAAGGUCACCUCCCUGGACGACCCCUUGGAGCGUUACGCCCAGAACUUCGUCAUCAAGAACCCCCUGGGCAGGCUGAAGGACUCAGAGCAGAGAUACACAGCAGAUGGGCUGGUGUUUUUGGAGAAGGGCUCGACCCCACUGAAGCCGUCGCCCGUCACCCUGCGCAGGAUGGCCAGCCAGCUCUCAGGUCUGCCCAGGAGGCUCAGAUCCACCAGCCUGCUGUGGAAGGGCAGCACGCAGGACGCCCUGGCUCUCCUGAAGGAUGAUGUGCUGGUGGCUGAUCCAGGAACCAGGUGCCACUACAGCAACCUGGCCUUCUCCCUGCUGGCCCACGUGCUGGCCGAGCACGGGGCCGACGGGCAGUACCAGCGCUGGGUGUCGGAGCAUGUCCUGGACCGCCUGGGCAUGGAGGACACGGGGUUCGACCUCACGCCGCCCAUCCGCUCGCAGAUGGCCGUGGGCUUCUACGGCAGCCGCCAGCCGGCCCCGCUCUACGACCUGGGCUGGUACAGACCCUCUGGGCAGAUGUACUCCACGGCUGCAGACCUGGCCAAGCUGGCCAUGGUGUUCCUGGGCACCUACCACCGCCGGCUCCUGGCGCCCGACACCGUGAAGACCAUGCUGACCCCGCUGCUCAAGUGCUCCAGGGACUACUUCGCCAACAAGACCGGCACGCCCUGGGAGAUCAACGAGCAGCUGGGCUACGACGUCAUCAGGAAGGAUGGGGACCUCGAUGGCUACUCAGCCACCUUCUCUCUCAUCCCCAAGCUCCGCCUGAGCUUCAUCGUGCUCAUGGCAGGGCCCAGGCCUCAGGGCGGGGAUGUCGUGACUCAGACGUACGAGUACCUCGUGCCGGCCAUGGAGACGGCUUUCAGGGAGGCAGAGAAGAGCGUGGUCCCCCCCCCAAACCCUGUCCCUUAUGUUGGCUACUACACCUAUUCCAACCUGACUUUCUAUGAGAUCAAAGUUGGCAUUGGUGGGGUGCUGACCAUGCAGCAGUUUGGGCCUCACGUGGAGGAGCUGAUCCCCGAGAAGUACCGGACGAUCAAGCUCCACCACCUGGAGGAUCGCGUUUUCCAAGUGGUUUUCGACAAGGAGUUCCCGUGUGUCCUGCACCUGGGCUCUGCCUCCAUCUCCCUGGAGACCCAAAACGGGCAGCUCUUUAACUUUUACCCCUUUGACCGCAAGGGUUUGUCCCCUGGCUUUGACGCUCCGGGGUUGAACACGUACAACGUGGUGCGGGUGCUCCGCAAGCCCGUGUUCUACAGCUGA